AUGAGUGUAGCGCCUGGUAAUGUUGACAGAGCUGGCCAAAUUACGGACAUGUCUCAGACGAUAAAUGCGCCACCGUCAGGAACCAAUUCAGAGGCCGGAUCUCAGGUACAAGCUGCGAUGGCACAACAGCCGACAACGUCCCAGAGUCGAAGUCAGAUACAGGGUGAGGCAGGAGGUUAUCAACGGGCUGUUGAGAAUCGAUUUCAGUCGGUUCAGUCAGAGAUGAGUGACAUAAGGAAAGCUAUUGGCGAUUUGUCCAAAGCGGUCACUCAGUUGUCCCAGAUAGCUUUGAAUCAGGGUAGAGGCGAGAAUACACCUGUGAGCACCCCGGCUAUGGCACCAGGACAUCCACUUAAUUCCGAGAGAGCAGGGGAUAAACCCACGGAACAAAAUACCGUACCUGAGGCACCUGAAAUUCAGAGAAGGGAAAAUAAUGUCAUUCGAAUCAAUAAAUUAGGAUUGAUGUUUGAUGGAACCACUAAUGGCUUAGCAGUUGAGGAAUUUGUCUAUAGGCUAGAGUACUUUCAAUGGCAGUACAGAAUUCCAUGGGCCGAAGUUAUUCGAGAUUUUCCCCUUUUGAUGACUGGUCGUGCUGAGUCAUGGUAUUGGCUGUUUCAAAAGACACACAGGUUUCAUAAUUGGGACGAUUUGAAGCAUAGCUUACUUAGCCAAUACCAAUCCUCUCGUUCUAAUUUUGAGAUUUUGACCGAUUUAGCCCAACGUAAACAAGACAUGAAUGAAUCAAUCGAUACUUUUUUCCAUGUCAUGGGGCAAAUCAGGGCCAAAUUAGUGCAGCCCAUAUCUGAGUUCGACAUGAUAAAGAUCAUGAAGAAGAAUGUGAGGGAAAGUAUUGGCAGGAUCGUUUACCCAAUACAGGUCUCAUCUGUCGAACAGCUCAGAAUGGAAUGCAAUGAGGCGGAGAAGAAUUUCCCCAGACGCGAUAACAGGAAUGUACAACCUUCUAUGCGUCCCACUAGACAUGUCAAUGAUAUUUACAUGGAUAUAACUGAGACGGGGUCUGAGGAUGAUUAUGACGAGCCCAGGGUGCAGGAGGUGGCUGCCGUCCAUUAUGAAAGGAAUUCCAGGGCACCUAUGACAUGUUGGAACUGUCGCCAACAAGGACACUCUUUUCGAGAUUGUGAAGAGGCGGUUAGGACCUUGUUCUGUUAUAAGUGUGGUAACCCUGGUACGACAACACCAAGGUAUAUUACUAAGAGAGUGUUAACGUCGAAUAAGAAGAUUGUCCGUCCUGAUACUAGACAUUAUGUACCUAUAGAGAUAAGGCAAGAAAAUUAUGAUAGAGUAAGAGAAAGAAUAUUUGGAGAAAGCGAUAAUAAAGAUGAGACAAUCAAAAUUAUACCCAAGGUACGGCAAAAGUUUAAGAAAAAGAGAAAGGAGAUGAAAAUUUUGCUGGAAGCCAUUUGUAGAGCGAGUGACCAAUCAGAUCCUAGAGUAUAUGCCGAAGUCAAAUUGCAAGAUAUUAAUGUAAGAGGAUUGCUAGAUACUGGAGCCUCAGUGAGUAUUCUAGGAAAAGGUUGUAGGGAAUUGAUGGACAAAUUGGAAAUGUCGUUUAGACCAAUAUUUUCCCAAGCGAAAACCGCUGGAGGCCAGGUCCAUACAAUUUUAGGCAAGGUUCAGCUAGGAAUACAGUACAAAGAUCAGAUUAAAGGGAUGGAUUUUUAUUUAUGCCCUGAUCUAGAGCAACAAUUGUACCUUGGAAUAGAUUUUUGGAGAUUGUUUGGAUUGGCUCCUGAUAUCAUUGAUGUUAAUGAAUGCAAUAUUGAGAAGAUAGUUAAAGAUAUGGUAGAUGAAGAUGAGAAAUAUAAAUUGAACCCGCAUGAAUUGACUCCAAUACAGCUAGAGAAAUUGCAGAAAGCGAUUCAAAGCUUUGAUACUUUUGAAGAUAAAGGUUUAGGCAAAACUCAUUUAGAAAGACAUACGAUCACCUUAGUUGAUGGCGCGGUUCCCGUAAAGGACCGUCACUAUCCGAUCUCACCAGCAGUACAGGCCAUAGUAUACGAGGAGAUUGAUAACAUGCUCAGGCUAGGGGUGAUAGAAGAGAGUGAAAGUCCUUGGAGCAACAGAACUACGGUCGUUAGGAAGCCAGGGAAGAACCGAUUCUGCCUAGAUGCCCGAAAAUUGAACAAAUUGACGGUGAAGGACGCGUACCCGCUCCAAAAUAUAGACGGCAUCUUGAGCAGAAUCGAUGAAACUUACUACAUAAGCAGUGUGGACUUGAAAUUUGCCUUUUGGCAGAUCGAACUCGAUGCCGAAAGCAAGGCUUACACCGCAUUUACAGUGCCAGGGCGUCCCCUGUAUCAAUUUAGGGUGAUGCCAUUCGGUCUCUGUAAUGCGGCACAACGCUUAUGCAGGUUGAUGGACCGUGUAGUACCUCAGCACCUGAAGGAGAAUGUGUUCAUCUACUUGGAUGAUUUGUUGGUGAUUUCCAGCGACUUUGAUGAACACAUCCGAUUGUUAGAGGAAGUUGCGAAAUGCCUGAGGGAUGCCAACCUUACGAUCGGCUUGAAAAAGUCGCAGUUUUGCUUUCGCGAAUUGAAGUACUUGGGGUUCAUCAUCGGCGACGGUAAAUUAAAGACUGAUCCGGAUAAAAUUAAGGCCAUUCGAGAGAUAAAGGUACCCCGAAACCCACGGGAAGUUAGAAGCUUCCUGGGAACCGCUGGGUGGUACAGGCGCUUUAUUAAAGACUUUGCCUCAAUUUCGGCCCCACUCACGGAUACAUUGAAGAAGGCGAAGAAGUUUGGGAUGACAAAUGAGGCUAUACAAUCAUUUGAGGGUCUUAAGCGAGCCUUAACCUCGGCGCCUGUACUACGCCACGCUGAUUUCUCGAAGCGGUUCUUCAUACAGUGUGAUGCCAGUGAGUAUGGGAUAGGAGCGGUGCUGUUCCAGUUGAAUGACCGGGGAGAGGAACACCCCAUUGCCUUUUAUUCACAGAAGAUGAAUACCUGUCAGCGCAAUUAUAGUGUGACAGAGAAAGAAUGUUUGGCUGCGGUUAUGGCGAUUAAGAGUUCCGGCCAUACGUGGAGAUGA